AGAGGCAGCAGGUAUAUAAAGGACCACCGUCCACUGAAGCAAACCAAAAACUCCGUUGAGUUGUUUCCUUCUUGGGCUUUGAACAUAAAACAGAAAAAAGUAGACAAUGUGAGGCCCUACACUUUUGUGUGUACAUUUAUUCAACUCCGUGAUAAAACACCGUAACAGUCUCUACUUACACCGUCUAAUUCGAAACUAGGGUUUUCUCAUAAAAUUUCCAUCCCUGUAACCUAACGUCCGUUCCCGUCUCUCUCCGAAAAUUCCUCUUCCGCUAUCCCUAACCCUUUAACUUCCGUCAUCAAGCUCCCCAUCAAUGGCUUCUUGUGACGAUGAUUUCUCUCUUCUUGGUGAUGAAACUCAAACUCCACCACCACCAACUCACCACCACCAUCAUAAUAAUGAAGAUUAUAGUGAAGCUGGAUUUGGUAACAAUAAUGCAUUUGGUGAUGAGAACGAAUCAAAUCCAUUUGGUGAAGAAGAGUCUGAUCCCAACAAAUCUAGGGGAAAUUCAAGAUCUGAGAAAAGAAAAGAACAAGAAGAACUCAGUGAUGGUGGAACUACUACACCGUACUCUUAUAAAAAACCCAAAUCAACAACACCAAAUACUAAUACUCCACCACCAAAUAAUACUACUACAAUUACUAUCAGUACAUCAUCAGUUGGUAUGGAUUAUAGAUACAGAGGUGAGUAUAGAAAAGAUCGUGAAGAAUGGAGUGAUACAGCAAUUGGUAGUUUACUUGAUGCAUAUAUGGAUAAAUUUGUUCAGCUUAAUCGUGGUAAUUUACGAGGCAGAGAUUGGGAAGAAGUUGCUACUGUUGUUAGUGAAAGAUGUGAUAAACAAAAAGGAGGAAAAAGUGUUGAACAAUGUAAGAAUAAAGUCGAUAAUUUGAAGAAAAGAUAUAAAGUUGAGCUGAAUCGAAUGAAUAAUAGUGGAACUAAUGUUAGUCAUUGGCCUUGGUUCAAGAAAAUCGAACAAAUUAUCGGUACUUCUUCUACUUCUUCCAAAGGUGUUUCUGACGAAGAUAAGUCUCCUGGUUCUUCUGCUAAUAUGCUUAGACAGCAACCUAAGAGGUACGCAAUUAUAGCACCUAGGCCCGCUGGCAUGGUUAAUAGCAUGAACCCCAAGUCUUUGUCUACUCCUAGAUGGCGAAGAGUGGUCUUCAAAAUUAGUGGUGCUGCACUUGCUGGGACUGGCCCUCAGAAUAUUGACCCAAAGGUGGUCAUGCUGAUAGCUAGGGAGGUUGCAACGGCUUGUCGCAAUGGUGUAGAGGUAGCUAUUGUUCUUGGAGGUCGCAAUUUCUUUUGUGGGGAUACAUGGGUUGGUGCGACUGGCUUGGAGCGAUCUGUAGCAUACCAAAUUGGGAUGAUGGCAACCGUCAUGAACUCAGUAUUGCUUCAAUCAGCUAUUGAGAAGCAGGGUAUUCAGACGCGUGUUCAAACAGCCUUCCCGAUGAAUGAGGUCGCAGAGCCAUACUGUAAGCGUCGGGCCAUUCGACAUCUUGAGAAGGGGAGAGUUGUGAUUUUUGGUGGUGUUGGUGCUGGCUCAGGGAAUCCACUUUUCACAACAGACACAGCUGCCGCUUUAAGAGCUUCAGAAAUGAAUGCUGAGGCACUCCUCAAAGGUGCCAAUAUCGAUGGUGUCUAUGAUUGCCAGUCCAGAAACAACACCAGUACGGCCUUCGAGCACAUUUCUUAUAGGGAGGUGGUUUCCAGAGGUGUAACGUCCAUGGACAUGAUGGCAAUAACAUUCUGUGAAGAGAACGGAAUUCCUGUUGUAGUCUUCAAUCUCCUUGAACCUGGUAACAUUUCAAAAGCAUUAUGUGGAGAUAAAGUCGGCACACUUAUCGAUCAAUCAGGAAGGGUGAGCUGAUGCGUGCUGCUUUGAUGCGCUGUAUUAUGUGGCAUCAGAAUUAACUUGUGUGCAGUCAAAAGACUCAUUCUUGAAGCAAUUACCAGAAGUUAGUUAUUUAGCCAUUCCCUCUCUUUUCAGUUUUAGAUAGUAAUUAGCAGCAACACGAAGGAAAUUGUGUUUCUUCGAGUGUUUUGAUCGCAGUCCAUUCGGUUAACUAGUAGUCCCUUGUCUCGACUUCUAAUCAGGUCAAUAGCAAUGAUGGAUGCAUAAGCUUCAGUGUUUGCUUGUUGUAAUAUUUAGUCUUUCCGCUAGAUGUGUCGAAACCUAAUCUCAUUAGAGAUUUUAUUUUGGGGAUGUGUAUAAAAUGAAAACAAAUGCAUCCGUUGAUGUAAUAUUGUAAGGAGGCCUCUAUUGUAAUAGCACUGAAGUCUGAAAUACCUUGAAUUUCAAGAAGACGUGUAUUAUUUGCUUCUGUUAGAAAUAUAGAAGUGUAACUUGAAAGAAAAA